UUCUAGCGUGAGGUUGUACAAGUUGCGCGGAGUUACUGGAUCCGAAGUUCAACAUCUCUAGUCUUAAUGGCAACUUAUAGAAGUUCAAUUUAUUUAUGUAGAUCCGAUCCUAAGUAAAUUUGAGAUAAAGUUCGACAUGCCGCGUCGAGGUUCAACGUCGACGGGCUGCUGCAGCAUACCUGUGCUCAAGUUUGGCCUUGCCGUGUACAACAUUCUGCUGCUGGCAUGCGGCAUUGGCGUCGUGGCUGUGACGCUCUGGAGUCUCGUGACCAAAUACGACCAGGCGCCGCUGCUCACCAGCCAUGCGUACCCCGCGGCCGUCGGCAUGCUGCUCACGGCGGGGCUGUUGUCCGUGACUGCAGGGGUGCUAGGGUGCCUUGCCUUGGCCAGGGAGGACCGGUGCACUCUACUGCUGUACAUAUUCCUGCUGAUCCUGGUGCUGGUGCUGGAGGCCGUGGCAGGGGUGGUAUCAUAUGUCUACCAAGACCAGCUACCACAUCUCCUGACAGACUCUCUACCUGCUACCAUCUCGGAGCGGUACUCUCUGGACGAGUCUGUCACCUUCGCUGUCGACUCCAUGCAGAUUAAGUUUCGGUGCUGUGGUGGAGUAUCCUACAUGGACUGGGCAGAGAGCAAGUGGAAGCAGUCCGUUACUGCGGACGUGCGAGUGCCGGACUCCUGCUGCAAGACUGUUACGGAAGCUUGUGGCAUGCGCGACCAUCCCUCCAAUAUAUGGUACACGGGCUGCGUGCAUGGGCUCUCCAAGUUCCUAGGAGAGCACCUGCAACUGCUGGGGGCUCUAGGAUGCUGCUUAAGUCUCCUUCAGGUACUCGGCCUCACGCUCGCAUCCUGCUUGUAUGUUGUCCUCUCCAGGGCCAUCUGAACUCACUUUUAUUUCUUUUCUUUCUAUAUUAUCUUGGUAUUGUGGAUAACACGGCGAGUUUAUAUUUAGGGAAUUGUUUAUGGACAUUGUGAUGGAAGACACUUAACGACUUUUCAACGCUCAUAAGACGCUAACCUCAACGAUGUCGCCAUGUCCAUAUAGAAUUGAAAAAUUUAAUUCGAAUUCAAAUACUAAAUUCGAUACAUUCUCGUACAUGGUUGGUUUGCAGGCUUCGGUUCAUCUUGGCCGAUUUUACGAACUAUCUUUCCAUAUCAAGUGUCUUAAGUUUCAUUUGUUAUAUAAUGGUGAGCAACAUUAUAUAAUCACAAUUAUACGUCAUUACAGGGAAAACACCUCUGAAUGAAGAUUAAUUAUUUUCGACUUAAUGUAAUUAAGGCUUAAGCAAGCCACAAUUAAUGAGCUAGAAACCAAUUUCCGGUGAGACAUAAAGUAAAGACUGGAGUGGAUAGUCCGGCAUGACUGCACCUGGUCGAAUUCAGUCAGCGGACGGUACCUGUCUUGAGGAAACAAUUGAAACACUUUUGGGAAUUUAUUGCUAAAGAAUUUCAUGUUAUGAAAGAAGUACGAAUCACACGAUAUCUAUAAUUUUCACUACACGCGAACUAGGGCCUGAUGGUCGAAACGUGUGCACUUGAAUAUAUAUUUUUACUUGGCCGAAAUUACUGGCAGGAAAUGGCCAGUUAAAUCACGAAUUUCUAUUCUAGAAUUUGGGUUCAAGACUUAUUGAAUAUAUUUUAUGCUUUUUCAUGAACCAAUGUGAGCCAACAUAAGAUGUUAUUACAGCGGUGGUUUACCCACCAUUAUUUAUAAUAAUUGUUUAUGGUCUCGCUUAAGAGGCCGGUGCUUCCUUGCAUUUAAGUUAGAUUCCUACAUAAUUGUUAUCUUUAUCGAUAAUUACGUUAUUAUUGCAUUUUAUGAUAAUAUUUGCGAAGUUACUUUUUAUGACACUCGCUCUUACUACGCAAGUGGCAAGUUAUUUACGUAUGGAGACUUAAAGUCCCAUUGAGAAGAAAAACAUGAGCUUGACAGGGUGGCCCAGUGGUUACAGUUCAGAGUAUCAAGAUUGACGCAGA